AUGAUCGUACUUUUGCAUGUUAUUUUUGGAACUUUUGGUGGAGGGAGCAAAGAAGAGAUGAAUGUGAAAGUGAGUCCAAGUCUAUUCAAAUACUGAGAGAAAUGGAAUAUGGAUAUGAUUUUUGAAUUAAAAAACAGUAUGAAAAAUUUGUGUUUUCGAAUUAUUCUGGAAAACACAAAUGUGAUGGAAUUACAUAAACAUUUUGAAAACUUCGAAUAAUUAAAAUCAGGAUAUAGUUUGAAAAUUUGUUUCAUCUCACUCUCAAUGUAAAAUUUUUUUCCUUUCCUACUAUUUUUGGUACUCUGAAACUUCUAAAGUUCAAAAAAAUAGAGCUAAAUAGUACUAUUUUCUGUGAAAAAAUCUCAACAAAAACAAUUUUACUUUGGAAUUGAUAAUUUUGAAAUCUGUCUCCAUUAAUUUCUUCAGUUCUCAAACUCAAGUCAGAAUUCUCAAAACAUAAUUUUAUGAUUUUCCUGGUUCCAAUUUCUUCCUUUUUUUCAACUGAAUAUUAAAUUUUCCCAUGAAUUUUGAGUAAUGUACUUUCGAAAACAAAAAUGUUUUGUUUUUUGUUCUAUUAUUUUUCUUUCCGAAUGCUUAUUUUUUUUCAUUCCAACGUUCCUCAUAAUUUUUAAAACCACACUUCCAACUGUCAUAUUACAUCUCUUCACCACAUUUCUUUCUGUUUUUUCUCUAUUUUUUUUUUCAAAAAUCUCUUUUCACAACAAAAAUAUUUUAUUUUUCCCACAAAUUAGAGAUAAAAUUCAAUUUUUGAAUAGAUAAAUAAUGGCGAAUGAAAAAUUUGCUUCUCUCUAAUUAGAUAAUUGUUUUCGAAUGUGUUGUGUUCGCUCACUUUACACCAAAAUGUGUAUUUUUUGGGCGGCGGUAAAAACACCAACAACACCCGUCGAAAACAUCCGCAAAAAUGUAUACGAAAAAAAUUGUUGCGAUAAUAAUAUUUAGUUUUUAUGUGUGUGUGGUGUGUUGUGGGUAUUUGAGAAAAAAUAUGGGUGGUCUCAAUUGAAUCAGGUGGAUUUUGCUCAUUCUAGAUAAGAAAUGUGGAAAAAAUGACAUCAGAAAUGUCAAGAUUCUCACAAAAAUUUAAAAUUCAAGAAAAAUGUUUGAAAAGUUUUCGAAAAGAUUAGGUGUUUGGUUUUUGAGUCGCAAGAAGAGUUGAAAACUAGACAGACGAAAAAAAAUUGUAUUCUAGAAACUGGUUGAAAAAAAUUGAUAAAAUUUUUCAGAAAUUUAUAGAAUCGGAAUAGAACUUUAAACCAAGAUUUCAAAAUUCCAAGAAAUGUUCGAAAUUUUUGGAAUUAGUCAGACUUUCUCAGUCAUGGCUUCUGGAACCAACUAACUUGAAUAUAGAAAAUUCUUGUCUUUUUUUUUCUUUAGAAAUUCAGACAGUCCUUCUGUUAGAUCCAAACUUCAUAUACAAUUUUUGAAAGUCACAAAAAACCAGGAAGAAUAUAAUUAUUGUCUUGUUUAUGCCUCUAAUUCUUCUUCUUUUCUUUUUUUGCUUUUUUCUUCCCUAAUACCCUUUUCUGCCCUAAAGAUUUUCCAACUUGUCACGCAAUUCAGUAUUUUUUCUCAACGCACAAACAUGUUUCAGCAAAAAAAAGACAACGUUGGUCAAUUUCGCGGCGCGUGAAUUGAUGAAUAAAAAAACAGGCGCUUUACAUUAUUAACCUUUUUUGUGUGUCGAUCGCAGAAAAUGACUAUGUUGCUUUCCCGUUUUCUGCUUUUUCCCCCGAAUUUUUAAUCAGAAUGUGAGACUUUUGGAGUCAUAAGAAGGCAAAAAGAGUAAAAUGAGACAAAGUCAAAGAAUAAGCAAAUGUUGCUAGUUUUCUCGUAAAUCUCUCACAAAUCUUACAUUAAGUAAGUCAAAUUUGCAUUUAUUUUUGGAGUUACAAAAAAAAAGCCGAUGAUUAUAAUUGUGAGUCAACAUGCACUUUCGUUUUCCUAAUAUAUAAUUAGCUAAAAUUUGUAAAUGCUUUCUUUUUUUUGGACAAUUUAGUGAAUUUGAGGAAAAAAACAGAAUAAGAAAAAUAAAUUUAAAAAAAGACUCACCAGAAAGUAGAUCAAUUCUUUGUCCAUUAAAUUUUCCAAUCAUUUGAGCUGCUUCAAAAAUACUUGGAGGUGUUGGUUUUUUAGGAUUUCUACGAUUCUCAAUAUCCUGCAUUCUUUCUCGAAUGCUACGUUUCCGACUCAUUGAUGAUUCUGAAGGUGCGUGUAAACUCGAAGCUGCUGACAAUGCUGACAAUUUUCGAUGAUGAUGAUGAUGUGAUCCAGCACUUGAACACUCGUCCAAAAGACAACUAG